ACAGGUCUCUACUCUAUGACCCCUCUGAACGAGGUGGCGGCCCCUCCUCUUGGCAUGGCCACUCGCCUCUGCUUCUCCGUAGAGUAUCGUCACAGCAGCGAGCAGCUCGUGGUCUCCUUGCUCCGYCUCAGCAACCUCCUUCCCCGUUUCCACAGCAACAUGACGCUGGUGGAGCUGCGGCUUCUUCCCGAUGACCGGAGGCCCCGGCAGGCUAAGGCCCGGGGGACGGGGCCCGACCCAGAGUUUAACGACUGCUUGAUUUUUCAGGUAUCAGCAGUGUGUGUGUCGCAGAGCACGCUGAGUGUGUGUGUGCUGAGUGUAGAGAAAGAYGGUAAACGGCACGCCGUGGGCAGAGUGUUGUUUCCCCUGGAAGGGGAGCUCGGUCAGGCCGGCAGAGUUCUGUGGAGGGACCUUGACCCUGAGGAGGAGACGCAGUGUUCGGAGCUGGGCGAUGUGCAGAUAUCCCUUAGCUACAGUUCGGCCCUGCAGCGGCUCUCGCUGGUGGUCCUGGGAGCUCGAGGCCUUCAGCUGCUCACAGACGCAGGUGGGCUUGCAGAUACACACUCAGAUGGUGAAGACGAAGCGUAGCUGUGUGGUGAAAGGCGAA